AUGUUCCAAAGCUCAAAUCUCUUUGGAGGUGCUUCGGCACAGCAGCAGCAGCAACCUCCUAGUCUAUUCUCAAACCUUCCCACUGUUGGGCAGGCGACAAAUCCUUUGUUCGGCCAGUCAGCAACCACAAAUUCUCCAUUCGGCCAGUCGACUAUGGCAAAUACCCCCUCCUUUGGCCAAAGCAAUGUACAGGGAAAUACAGGAUCAUCUUAUUUGGGGACCCAGCAAGGCGCGCAGACCCUGAACCAGACCCAGACCCUGGGUCAGACUCAAACACAAUCAACACUACCCUCCGUUUCCGCUGCGCAGCCAACUCAACCUGCCUACUUUAGUAGCCUGUUAGAGCGGGGGAAGAAGCGCCCCAAUCUGUUUAUGGGGGGUGUUAAUUCUUCCGAUCUGCCCAAUCUCCAGCUGGGUUUGGAUGAUAUUCGGAGAGCAGCGAGAGGCAUGGGAGCUGCUGGUGAGCGGGACAGGGCUGGGGCACAGUUAGAACAUCCUAGCAGCAAAGCACACUACUCCUUAGCUGCAUCUGGUAUAUCUCCGGGUCAAAUUCUACAGGAUUUAAAAAUGCUCGACACGCAAACUACAGAGGGCAGCCCAUUCAAGCAAACUGAUGCAUUCGACCCGGACAAUCAAAAAUUUCUACGACAGGCUCAACAGCGUGGAAGAGAUGCGAUGAUUGCUGAGAGUCUUUCUCGUGUCCGUAAGGAUUUCGAUAUUUUUCUCGAGGAUAAAGUAAAUCUUAAUUGGGAUGAGCAACGUCAAAAGAUCUAUGAACACUUUGGCUUAACGCUUUGGGAUGGCUCUGCAUGUGGGAAGGCUGAUUCUUCGUACCGGGCUGCGUUUGGUCGGACAGGGGCCUUUGGCCUCUCGACGCCGUCGGGGCUGGAUAUGUCACGGGGCGGAAAAUCUGGUGCCAGACGGAGCGUGUUUGGUCGGUCGGCUCUGGGGAAAUCUGUCAUAGGGUCUCCUUUAGUUAGCGCAAGAAGCCCUCAAUCUUUUGUUGAUUCAAUUAUGAAGAAUGACGGGAGUGGGAGCAUUCAAUCUGCAGAUUCUCGAUUCUUGAGGGAAAAGAUUCGAUAUUUUGCGAUGAAAGUUCAGGCUCUCAAUGAGGCAAGGCUUCAAGAAAGGGUGUUCCCGAUUUUAUAUGAGUUUGCUGAAACUGAGCGUGUUGCGGGGGGAGAUAUCCCACGACAGCUGAUUGACGCAUAUCACGCUUUAAUUAGCAUUGUAAAUGAAAGCCCAAAUGCUGGUAGUCUUUCGGAUCCUGACGUUCUCAAAGAGCGACAGUUUGCCAAUGACUACUUGGAUGAUUCCACGCAUUCGAUUGGGGCGACGAAGAUGAGAAAGAGAAUCAUCGAAGGCUCGCGGAAGUUUCUGGAACAGUCGUUCUAUAAAGAAGUCGAAUCCAUCAUCGCUAAGAAUCCCCGUGAAGCCCAACUUGGUGGAAUCCCAUCCAUAACUAACAAGAUCCGGGCAUAUAUUCGUCUUCGUGCCGCGAGAAAGGACCUUGCCCCCGAUGGCACGGAGCUCCAGAUGGUUGGUCAGGAUUAUUGCUGGAUUCUCAUUUUUUACCUGCUCAGAUGUGGCUUUGUAAAAGAAGCUGCAGAAUAUGUCAGCCAGGAUCCAGGGUUCCGGUCACUUGAUCACAAAUUCGUCACCUACAUGACAACUUAUGCACAGAACCGAAGGCUUCAGCGGGAUCUUCAGCAGAAGAUUAAUGGAGAGUAUCAGCAGCGACUCCGCAAUGCACCCGAGAACACAGUUGACCCAUAUCGUAUGGCAUGCUAUAAAAUCAUCGGCCGCUGUGACCUUACCCAACGCCGUUUUGAAGGUAUAGGUCAGGGUGUCGAGGAUUGGAUGUGGUUGCAGUUCGUCUUUGCUCGGGAAGAUAGUCGAGCGGAAGAAGUUGCCGGUGAACUCUUUGGACUGGAGGACAUUCAAAGUGACAUUGCUGAAAUUGGACAGCGGGUGUUUGGAAAGGAUCAAGACGGGCCCGGUGGUUAUGGGACAUUCUUCCUCCUUCAAAUCCUUGGAGGAAUGUUCGAACAGGCCGUAGCGUGUCUUGCGAACCAUGCCCCAAUUAGCGCUGUGCACUUUGCCAUUGCGUUGGAUUUCUAUGGCCUACUUCACGUUUCAGACUUUUAUACCUCUGGUGAUGAACUUUUGUCCUUCAGCACGAAGCAAGUUCCUCAAAUCAACUUCGCCUCACUCAUCACUCAGUAUACUAGAGAAUUCCGCACCGGUUAUGUUGAGGCCGCAGUCGACUAUUUCACUCUUAUAUGCCUGAAUGCCGAUCUCCCAGGCGAACUUGGCAAAUCCCAAGCUUCAGUCUGCCACGAAGCUCUAAGAGAAUUCAUACUGGAAACCCGUGACUUUGCCAUCCUUCUUGGGGACAUCCGUUCUAACGGCACUAGAAUCAAGGGAAUAAUAGAGGAACGGCUUAAACUUAUCAAGCUGAUUGACCAGGAAGAGUUCCUGAAGACGAUCACGGUUCAAGCUGCGGCUGUUGCCGACGAUAAGGGGCUAAUCACAGAUGCCGUUCUGCUAUACCACCUAGCUGAAGAAUAUGACAAUGUCAUCUCUAUAAUCAACCGGGCCCUUUCGGAUGCUGUUGCUGUGGACUUGGGUGAAUCUGCAAUGAAGCUCCAGCCUCUGAAACCCCGAACCACGCAGGAGGGACAGGAACAGGUGCAGAAGGGUCAACAGACGCCCCCCCAAAUUGAACCGGGGAGCAGUCUUAGUCUCACAGCUGUGGACGACCCGGUUGUGCUGGCGAAGGAUAUGAUUGGGCUCUAUAAUACCAAUGCGCUCUACUAUCAGAGAAUCCAACAAAUCAACAGGGACGCCUGUGGAUUGCUGCUGCAGACUAUGGACGCCAAGGCUAAUGUUGAAGCUGGGAAAUGGGCUCAGGCACUUGACAACAUCAACGACCUCCAAAUCCUCCCAUUGCGUGCUCAGGGCUCUGUUCAAUACAUCCGCAGCGCAGCGCAGGCAUUCCCGGCCCUUCCUCCCGUCAUUUCCAGGAACACGGGCCAACUGAUCAUGUGGAGUAUGAUGUGUAUCGGCCGGGAACGCGAGAAGCUUCAGCAAAGUGCGUAUGAGAAUGACAUGCGACAGAGCCUUGCGGAUGAGCUGCUGGUGAUGGCGAAGGAUCUGAUGGUUUUCGCGGGGAUGAUUAAGUAUAAGUUGCCGCCGCGGGUUUAUGAGAUGUUGGCUAAGGCUGGUGGAGAGAUUGGGUUAUAA